AUGAUGAGAUUGGCGGCCUACACAGGGGUAUCCCUUACCCUCGCCGCAAGUGUCGUAUUGAAGGCAUUGCAUCAGAGAGCGAAUUUUUAUUCUGCUUGCGUCUACUUAUCACAAAGCAAUGCGAACCUCAUGAUUCUCACGAAUAUCUGCCUUUUAGUAGUCGGAUACCUCCUGUUUGGCCUCCAAAGACUCCUCUACGGCCGCUUACGACCUAUAGAAAUAGAGCAACUCUACGAAAAAGGAUGGUUCGCAGUCACAGAGACUUGUCUAGCCAUGACAAUAUUUCGCGGAGAGCUGGGUGGCUGGUUCGUCGUCAUGUUCGUUUGCCUAUUAAUCGGCAGGGUUUGGGGUUGGAUCGGGGAAGGCCGCGUUGAGGUGCUCGAACAGCACCUCCCAAAUAAUCCUCCUCUGUUUCAUACCCGCUUAGCAAUAUCGCUUCUUAUUGCGGUCUCCUUCAACUCGUUCAUGCUCAAAUAUGCAAUUAGAACAGUUCUUCGCCAAGCUAGACCUGAUAUGAUGGUUAUGUUUGGCUUCGAGUUCGCGGUACUCACAAUAUUAUCAACCUCCACAACUGCGAGAUAUGCGUUAUCGCUCACCGAAAUGUAUAUUGUUCGGCAACAGAAACACUCGAGGCUUGCAGAGAGAAGAGCUGAGAUUGAAGCAUUAAGGGCAGAUAUAGCCCGCGAACGUCAGGCCUCUGGCUCCGAAAGCCCUGGCAGACUACCCAGUGAAGAGGAUAUUGAUGAAAUGGAGCUAGAUGUGCCUGGGUGGGAAGAGAAGGGCCGUUUUGUCUUCUAUCUGGACUUGGUUACUGACUUCUUGAAACUGAUCGUGUACCUUUCUUUCUUCGCAAUCCUUUUUACCUUCUACGGCCUACCAAUACACAUUUUAAGAGAUGUUGUCCUUACCAUGAGAUCCUUUGCGAAACGAAUCCUGGAUUUCAUCCGGUAUCGAAAUGCGACGCGUGAUAUGAACCAACGGUAUCCUGAUGCUACCGCAGAGGAAAUUGCUAGGGAAGAUGUUUGCAUUAUAUGUAGGGAGGAAAUGCGGCCCUGGCAGCCACCACCUGAAACCCCGGAUAAUCGCUCCCUUAAUGGCCGGACUCCUGGACGAAUGCCAGAACGACUUCGCCCCAAAAGAUUACCUUGCGGGCAUUUACUUCACUUUGCUUGUCUUCGGAGCUGGCUAGAACGUCAGCAAAACUGCCCAACUUGUAGACGUCCAGUUACGAUGGCCGGGCAGGGGCGGACAGGAUUGAACCAGGGAAAUCCCGCUGCCGGGGAAAAUCAACAGCCUAUUGGAAACGGACAACCCGCUCCCGUGAGACCUAGAGCGUGGAUGCUUAACCUUGGUCCACUCCGUAUUGGAUUGGGUGCUGGUAGACCGGAACAGUUUCAAGAUUUUGCCCAGCACUUAAAUGCCGAUGUCGGUCAGCCCAAUCCGGCACCAGCUGCAGAUACGGCGAAUGCAAGCCAACAGCCGGGAAAUGUUGAUUCUACGUUGAGACGCCUGGAUCCACUUGUUUCAUCAUCACUCAAUCCGGCAUCUUCGAAUCUCAGCAUACAAAAUCAAAUCCUUCACCUUGAGCAGCAAAUUAACCAAGAGCUUAACACUGUCAUAACCGCAUCCCACCAAAUCCAAGUCAUUCGGCUCUUGCAAAAUGAGUUGGCUCGUCUUAGAGAAAUGAACUCAAAUAGAGCCAUGACUAAUUUAAGCCCCUUGAGCUCAUCGGAUGUAUCUUCCCCCGUACUCCAGCCUCACUUUACUUCUAACUCACGACAUUUAACCCUAACGGAUAACCCUUUACCUCAGGGAUUGACACUUCCCGCCGGCUGGACACUUGUUCCUUUACAAAAUGCGCAGCAACCAGAGAUAUCACCCCGCCCCCCACUUUAUAUUUCAUCAAAUUUCUCACAUCCAAUUUUGUCGGCUCAAGAUAGUGGCUUUCAGCAAGCUGUGAGCUCACCGCAAACAGGCUUUGCAGUGCCUAACCCGACGCCGCACGCCUUGUCUUCCCAACCGGAAGGUGGCCUGUCUUUGAGAGACGACUGCGUUGAUGGUAGAUCGCAGUCAGCAAGUCACGAUUCUUCAACCAACGCUAUGAAAUCUACCUCUCCUUGGCUCCAAGUUACUUCUGAUGAGAGUGACAAUGGCGGCGAUACCCAGACUAGUACUUUUGAGAGUCGUCCUGAUGCGAAUGCCAGCAUACAUCAAUCCCCUAGCAGUCUCGCUAUCAAAGGGAAAUCAAGAGCCGCUACUGUAGAAGACGGGGAGGAAUAG